UCUUGCAGUCACCCAGAGACAGGAAAUGAGACCUUCUUGACGUCGUCAUGUGUCCUGCUCCAGAUAUCUGAACUCACACUACUGAGUCACAAUACCUCUGUCCGAUAGUGGACAUAGAAAGUCCGCUGUGACCAUGCCCGAGAGGGUAUUUUCGUCUGGGAGAGAAGAGGACAAGGGCACAGUUGCCAAACAGCUGCAUUCUCAAGAUGAGACCACAACUGCAGCAGUCGAUGGUCCAAGCUACGGCCAUCAAGUGUCAAGGGAUAUACCUGCGGAUCUUCACAUACAUACGCGCUCGUCUUUCCAUCGUUUACCUUCGCAUGUAAUUCUGCGCAUCCUUUACAUUGUCGACGCGAAUUCAUUUGCGUCACUGUGCCUUCUGAACCGACAAUGGAAACGACUCUCAGACUCGGCGCCGCUUUACGCUUAUCACCUGUCCCGUUGUCCUUCGUUUUCACUUACAAGUGGCAUGAUAUCUGGCUCUUUAACUUCGGAUGACCUUCCGAGACUGAAAGCCAGAUUUGCGUGCGAGAUCAGAAGGAAUGCAUUCGAAGCAUUCCUUCGGCCGCGAAAGACACUGAUUAAAUUGAUAUCAAACUCCAGCUCUUCCACAGCCUUCCCAUUCGGGGAAGCUUUUCGAUUCCGAUUUUCUUCCAACGGACAAAUGCUUCUCAGCCUAAGCUCCUCUAGAACAUUCGUCAUUGAUCUAUCGUCGCGUUUCAUCAGUGUGAAACAUGAACUCAAGACAUUACGACGACCGUUAGAUGCAGCGAUCCUUGAUGAUGGCUCUCUUCUUGCUGUGGUCUCAUCUAAACACCAAGUGAAUAUAUAUCGCCUUACAGAUGACGAGGCAAAGCAUGUUCAAGUCCUUACUUUGGAUGAAAGCCCGCGAGCCCUUGCACUGUCUCCAAGUGGUAGCAUUAUCGCUAUUGCAUAUGACAGCGGUAUUGAAUUUUGCUCUGUAGGAGAGAAUGUUCUCGCAAGCGAGCGACGAGCUGUGAGGUGCAUUGCCGUGGAUAUUCUCUCAUUCUCAUGCGAUGGCACCUUGCUGCUUGGAUCGUCCGCUGAUGUCACCAAGCCUAGCACCGUCGCAGUGUCAGCUCUAUUCAACCCUGACGCUGAGAUAGGCCUAGCCACAAGAGAGGCCCAGAGUCACAUGUGGACGAGACAGAUACUCUUUCCUGAUGUUAUCUCGGGCUACAGCCACAUGUGCUUGCUCCCUCACCACCCGGAUGGUAAUAGUAGUUGGGUUAUUGGUUAUGAUACCCACCUUAAAACAUUUCGAGCUGUGAGGGUGAAUAACGCGCGAACUGCAAGCGUGCAUUUUGUGGGCCCACAUUCAAAUGGGUCAUUACAAGAGACAGAGCCGCUCAUGGUCCCAGCAACAGACUCGGAAGGUGAACUUGUUGCUCUGGGGUUUCGAGGCUCGGGUCUGUGGUUAUAUGGCCUACCUGAACAAUGUGAUCCUGCUACCUUUCUAAGUCAAUCCAGACAGGCUAACGAGACAUCUGACGCCGGUCUGGACAACGGCGUUCAAAAUUUCGAAGAGGAACAUGGAUAUAUGCAGAAUGAUGCAAGCGGGCUCCAAGAUCGAAUCAACCAACCGGGUAUACUGUUGCACGGGCAUAAGUUGAGCGAUAUGGAGGGGAUAACGGCUGCAAAAUGGGUUUUACCACGAGGGGCAUCUCAGGGCGAUGGGUUGAGAUGCAGGCGCCUAGUUGCAGUGGCCCCUGGCGGGGUAUCUUCACCUAUGCUAGGCGGAGAAAACGUCCCCAUUGAUGGAGGGAGAGUUCUAAUCAUGGAUUUUGAGCGAUCUCCGACUGACGGGGAGAUGAAGGAAAUAACGAUUGAGGUCGGAGAGACGCAACCCAAGCUUCUGAGAGAACAGAGCCCUAGUCUUGACACUGAAGUGGAAUUAGAGAGAAGAAGGACCCAGUUUCGCCGUCUUAUAGGUUCCCCGCGACAUGGUACCAGCCAACGUCCAAGCAGGCCGCGUGAAUCAUUCCCCGCUGCGACGAGAAGCCCUCAAAAGCUUCUCUCGACCACCAGCACUGCGAGCCGUUCCCAGCCAAGCUCCCCAACGGACAUGGAAUUCAGUCAUCUCACACAAAUGCUAGAUGUGCCCUACGACAAUGCUCAACCUAGGUCACGCGAUACCCUGCAGAGGGCAGCUACAGCUGCAGCAGCAAGUCGGAGUCGAUAUAAUACGCGAUAUCGCGACACUGGGAGUAAUCCAGUGAUCGAACCGCAGGUUCCUCAUGAGAGCGAUGCAGACAACUGGGUCCCACCACCUCCUCCUUACACUCGCGAACCAGAUGGACCUCUCCCAGAACAUCUCAGGCGACUACUACUUCCAGCUGUUACAGGCCCUGCCCAAAGCCUCGGUGGGCUGCCUUCCCAAUCUGAGAGGGCUGGCACGAGCAGCAGCUAGGCUGGCUCCCAGGAGACCAAGAAGCUCUAGAGAAUCUCCAAUCCCCGAUCAUGGGUCGCAGGACGACUGGCAGAGAGGAAGGCUCCAGGGAUCAGGCGGCUAUUGGUCCUCCACCUCUGCCGAGGUCAAUAAUCUCACAGGGGCAGCUUCUGUGCAAUCUGCCAACUAUAUUCCUGAACCAAAUAGUGCCAUUACUGCUGCCGCUACAGUAACGGCUGGACCAUCAGAUAAUGUGCACCUGAAUACAGAGCCGUGGUCCGGUCCAA